AUGACUGAAGGCGCCGUGCAGGCAGCGCCGUGGCAGAAGGCCGUGAUUGACCAGGUCGUCCAACAGACCCCGGCCAUCAAAAGCUUCUUCUUCCGGCUGCGCACGCCUUUCACCCAUGUGGCGGGUCAGCACGUCGAUGUGCGCCUGACGGCGCCUAACGGCUACACGGCGAUGCGCAGCUAUUCGAUUGCCUCACCGACCAGCGAUGCAGGGGUCCUUGAGCUCGCCAUCGAACGCUUGCCCGACGGGGAGGUAUCCCCCUUCUUUCACGACGUCGCAGCGGUCGGUGACGAGAUCGAACUUCGCGGCCCACUCGGCGGGCACUUCCUCUGGCCGGGGCAGGGAGCCGAGCCGAUCCUUCUGAUCGGAGCAGGCUCUGGUCUGGUCCCGCUGAUGGCCAUGAUCCGGCAGCGCCGUGAGAUGGCACAGACUGUUCCGACAGCACUGCUCCUGUCAGCCCGCACGGCGCGCGACGUCCUGUUCUCGGACGAGCUGCUGGCCAUCGAACUGGAUGAUCCCGCCUUCGUGCUGACGCUGGCGAUCACGCGUGAAGCUCCGAAGCGUGCGACAGACUUCGCGCGGCGGAUCGAUAGCACGGUCGUCCAGGAGGUGGUCAGUCGGCUUCCCCGCACGCCUGCCCACGUCUUCGUCUGCGGGUCGAACGGCUUCGUGAACAUAGCGGCCGAUGGCGCACUGCUCGCCGGUCUGGACGCCGCGGCAAUCAAGACCGAGCGAUACGGUGGAUAA